AUGAAUGUGGAAAAGGAAAAAGUAGAAGAAUGGGUGGUAGAAAAAGUGACCGAUGUGAAAAUCGACGAGUACAACGAGGUUGUAUUUGAAACUAAAUGGGAGUCAGAUAGCACGACGACGUGGGAACCACUGGCCAGUUUCUGCUACCGUAAGAAAAACGAUUCGAUAAAGGCGUUUUUGGAUUCACCAAACAAUAAGGAAAAGUACGAGGCAGCUGUGGAAGAAAGUAAACGUCGCAAGAAGGAUCAAAACAGACGAUCAUUGAAAAUCACUCCACAAUCAGGAAGCAAAAAACGAGGUCGACCAUCAUUAAAACGUACCGUAUCCCAACUUCGGGACCCGAUUUUGGCAGCUGAAAUAAUCAAUAAAAGUUUCAAUCAGGAUCCUGGGGAUUCAAAUGAUUCUUCCACUUCUGGACCCUCCAAUUCAGAAAAUCCAAUGCCACUUGUCACGAAGAUCAACAAUCCUACUGUAGAAGAUGAGGAUCCAACAAAAUAUGAUGAGUAUGACUUUGGAUUUCCAAUGAAGAAUGACCCGGAUUUAAAUAUCUCGGAUCCUGUAUUUGAUGAUCCUGAAUACAACACAAUUCUUAGUCCAAAAGAGACAAAAGAAGAAAAACUCCUAAAAUUCGUGGCUCCGAAAUCCCUCUCACUCCUCGUUUCGAUUCCAGAACCUCAGAAUUCAGAAGACCAGACGGCGCCGCCAAAAACGACUUUUAUCGUAAUUAAAGGAGCCAGAAACCCACUUCGAGAUGAGAAUAAUUUUGUGAGAAGGAGAACAAGCUUUUUGCCGAAAAAGACUAAAAAAUGGGAUGGCUGGGUGGAUGUAUGA